AACUUGACUGAAGGUCCUAAAGGAGCAGAGACCGGGAAGGCAGAACUUUGGUCCACCUCGGCGUAGACUGCACGGAAACCACCCGGGGAAGGAAAGAAGGAGGACCGGAAUAAGAACCGUUCACCAUCUCCUCAAAGUCGGUUCAGACGCACAACAAAAUGCAGCGAAGUAUUCAAAGGUUCGGGUGUCUGGCAAUUCUGGUGGCGCUGGCUGCAUGCAGCGCGCCCCUGGUUCCAUUAGACGACAUCGUGAUCGAGAAGACUUUCGUGCCCGAGAAGUGCGCGCGCGCCGUCAAAGUAGGUGACUUCGUCCGGUACCAUUACAACGGCGUGUUCCCGGACGGCAAGAAGUUCGACACCAGUUACGACCGUGGCAGCACCUACAACGUGUUUGUGGGCAAGGGGCAGCUGAUCCAGGGCAUGGACAAAGCUCUGGUGGGCAUGUGCGUCAACGAGAGGCGGUUGGUCAAAAUCCCUCCGCAACUCGCCUACGGCAAGAAAGGAUACGGCGACAUCAUUCCGGCGGACGCCAUCCUUCAUUUUGAUGUGUUGCUGCUGGACGUGUGGAACCCUGAGGACGGCGUGCAGAUCAACACCUACCACACCCCCGCCAUCUGCUCUCGCAAAGUGGAGGUGUCCGACUAUGUGCGCUACCAUUACAACGGCACGUUGCUGGACGGGACGCUUUUUGACUCCAGCCACACCCGCAUGCGGACGUACGACACUUAUGUGGGCAUCGGCUGGCUGAUCGCCGGCAUGGAUCAGGGCCUGCUGGGGAUGUGCGUCGGCGAGAGGCGCAUCAUCACCAUGCCGCCGUCGCUCGGAUAUGGCGAGAACGGAGACGGUAGCGACAUCCCAGGUCAGGCCUCCCUGGUGUUCGAUGUGGUCCUGCUGGAUCUGCACAAUCCCAGCGACGGCAUCGCCAUCACCAACCAGCAGGUGCCCGAGCCGUGCCCCCGCAAGUCAGUGGAGGGAGACUUUGUGCGCUACCACUACAACGGAAGCCUCCUUGACGGCACCUUCUUCGAUUCCAGCUAUUCUCGUAACCGGACGUACGACACCUACGUGGGUCGUGGCUACGUGAUUGCCGGCAUGGACGAGGGGCUGAUCGGAGUGUGCAUGGGCGAGCGACGCACCAUCACCAUCCCGCCGCACCUGGCCUACGGCGAGGAGGGCACCGGCUCCAAAAUCCCCGGGUCGGCCGUCCUGGUGUUCGACGUGCACAUCAUCGACUUCCACAACCCGUCGGACAGCACCGUCAUGACUGUCACAAGCAAGCCAGACCCUUGUGACAAGCUGACCAAGAAGGGCGACUUUGUCAAGUAUCACUACAACGCCACGCUCAUGGAUGGAAGCCCCAUCGACUCCACGUACAAUUACGCGAAGACGUACAACAUUGUACUGGGCGCCAAUCAGGUGGUCCCCGGGAUGGAGGAAGGGCUGCUGGGAAUGUGUGUGGGUGAGCGGAGGAACAUCAUUGUCCCCCCGCACCUCGGGUACGGAGAAGAAGGAGUUGUUGACGAGGUUCCGGGCAGCGCGGUGCUGGUGUUUGAUGUCGAGUUGAUAGAAAUGGAGGAAGGACUCCCUGAGGGCUACAUGUUCAUUUGGAACGAGGAGGUGAACGGAGAUCUCUUCACCGAAAUGGACACGGACAAAAACGAGCAGGUGGAACCAUCCGAGUUCACCGAAUACAUCAAGCGCCAGGUGAGCGAAGGCAGAGGUCGCCUGGCGCCUGGUUUCGACCCGCAGCGCAUCAUCGACAACAUGUUCAAUAACCAGGACCGCGACAGCGACGGCAAAAUCACCGCUGCGGAAUUUAAGCUCAAAGCCGACGAAGGCACCUCGCAUGACGAGCUAUGAUGGGACUCGGAGACCACAGGGAGAUGGUAGGUGAGACGAAGGAUUACAGGGAGGGUAGAGUUUUUUUUGUUUGUUUUUUUUAAAGACUGGCCUGAUGCUCAAAUGAGCCAAAUGAUAUUUUACAUCAGAGUGGAGACGUUUUCUCUAUUGGGGAUCAUUUUAAGUCUUCCAAAGGCCAUACUAUAUUCAUGAAAAGAAUCUUCUCCAACAAAUAACUGUUGGUUUUAGAUUUCAUUGUUAUGUGUACAAAAAAAAAAAAUGCUCCAGUGUGUGUGACAAACUAGGCUCUUCCUUUUGUCUCUUUUUUUUACACGGCAGUACCUACUUGGCAGUUUUUGUUCCCGGAGCUUGAGGUGGAAGUCACUGUCCUGUGGCAGCUUUUCCACCUGAAGUUCUGGGCUAAUAGGUACUUCGGUUUCUGGAAUCCGUUUAGUCCCUGCAAACAAAAAUAACCAAAAGUUCUCAGAAGUUUAGCUUUGAAAUGCAGCCACAGGCAUAAUGUUGGGCAACGAAAUUGUUCAUUCAACCAGACAUACCCAGAACCUAAGCAGUAUUUACCUUUAGGAUACAUAAUUCAGUCAUUGAUCCUGAAAUGAAAAGUUUGUUGGAAGUGCUGAACCAAGCUGGUACUGUGCAGUGAAA